AUGAGGCUCUGCCGGGCCUGCGCGAUCCUCACUGCGGCCCUCGUUGGGCUUUGGGGCAUCGGCAGCUGCAGCUUCGUGAUCGGAAGGGCGCCGUCGCCUGCGAUUCGAAGAGCCCGGAUCCUGCGACAGGCUGAGGCGAACGCAUCGAGCGGGCCAAGCCGGCGACAGCUGGUGAAGACCUUCCUGGAUUGGCUGCCACUCCUUCCCGGCGCCUACUUCGUUUGGAAGUUCUCCAAGCUGCCGAAGCAGUACAUCGCCGCUGCCGGCGAUCCGAAAGCCUCCUCGGGCACUGGAGCUGAGAAGUGGGGCCUCUGGACGCAGGACCCGGGACCUCGUGGAGUGCGCUUGAGCGGAUACGAGCGUCUCCAAGCCACAGGAGGUCAGGCGCCAGCUGGCUGGCAGUUUGACCAGGCAGAUUGGUGGCUCGAAGAGCAUGGCCUCAUCAUGGAGAAGCCCACCACCCUGCCACCGGGAAAGUAUGAGGUCACAGGCGACCGCGAGGUGACGACCACCUUGACAAUUUUUCCAAAGGACAGUGAGGGACAUCAGCGAUGGGAGUUGGCAGAUGGGGCGAAACUCUUCGAUGUGACGCAUUUGCCUUGCCGUUCCGCUCGCUACACUGGCUCCGGAUGCUCGCCCUCUGGCGCGGCGCCCGCCGACUUUCCGGUGCGACCCGGUGCUGCCAUGCCCGCUGUGAAGGGUUGUCAGAAGCAAGAUCAUGCUGUUCUUUUCGUCCUGUCUUCGGAACCUACGAAAGCACCGUGA